UGAACUUCGCUGACACAUAAAUUCUUAUCUAAUUAACAUUUAAUAGACUAAGGGAAAUGAGCAGCACUAUCAUUUUCAUUAUCAUGAGUAUGUAUUCACAUUAUUUGUUAAAAAUAAAAUAACGACAAGUAAUGAGUUUACGCGACAGGAGUAGACUGAACGUUUAUUAGAAUUUUACAUUAAUUUUAAAUAAGUUAAUUGGUAUUUGUAUUUUAAAUUUCUUUAAGUUUUUAUACGUUUACGUCGUAUUGUUUAAUAAUAUACCAAUUUGAAAACUAUUAUGGAGGUGUCAAAUGAAAAUAUUAAUGCCUUGAGGCAAUCAUUUGUGAACAAACUUAAUGGACAAAACGAUUUAUUUCACCCACAAGAUCUAUUUCGCAUUAAUAAUUCUGAUGCAUGGCUCAAAAGAUUUUUAUAUCAUAAUGAAAACAAUCAUGAUGAUGCAUUAACUAUGUUAUGGAACGCUUGUGAAUGGAGAAAAUCAUUUGGAGUGAAUGAAUUGAGUGAAUCAAAUGGUAGUGUCAGAAUUGAUUAUUUAGAAGAAGGUAUAAUGUAUCCUCAUGGUCAAGACAAGGAUGGAAAACUAUUGUUUAUAAUCAGAUGUAAAUUACACUAUAAGAAUUCAAAAGAUUUUGAAGAAUGCAAGAAAUGUGCUGUUUAUUGGUUUGAAAGAAUGGAGAGAAUGACAAAUGGUGAUCAAAUAACAAUAUUUUUUGAUUUGAUGGGAUCUGGAAUAAGCAAUCUAGAUAUGGAGUUUACCAAUUAUUUGAUUAAUUUAUUGAAAUUAUACUACCCUGCUUUCCUAAAUUACAUUAUAAUUUUUGAAAUGCCAUGGGUUUUAAAUGCUGCAUUUAGAAUAAUCAAAUCAUGGCUACCUGCAAAAGCUGUGAAGAAAAUGAAAUUUUUAAGUAAAAGUAGUUUAACUGAUUAUGUACCUAAGGAUUCCAUAUUAUCAAUUUGGGGUGGAGAUUGUGAUUAUGAAUUUACUUUUGAACCUGAAAUAAAAAAGAAUGAAGAAUCUAAAAAAAAGGUUCAUUUUGCUGAAACAAUGGAAGUGAAUGGUUCAGGAGAUAAUAGAAAUAUAAUCAGUAUGCCUAAAGAAAGUAAACUUAAAAUUCUUCCCAGUGAAUUACUUAUUUUUUCUAAUGAUAGCAGCAGUGCAUUUAACGAAUAUGUGGCUAAUGUUACUUUUACGAAUGAUCACACUGAUACUAUCGCAUUUAAGAUCAAAACCACCUGUCAAAUAAAAUAUAGAGUACGUCCUAGUACAGGUACUCUUAAACCUUCAGAAAGUAUUACUGUUACUUUUGUACUUACUGGAUUAUCAGUCAAACAAACUGAUAUAUUAAGAGAUAAGUUUCUUGUUCUAGUCAUACCAGUAAUUGAAAACAAAGAUAUAGCUGAAUUGUGGAAGGUAUCGAGUGAUACGAAAGAACAACAUAUGUUAAAAUGCAAACUUGCGAUUGAAUUAAAUGGUAUGAGUGGAUAUUCAGAUCUACGAGACCAUAAUCAUAAUAAUGAUCUUAAUCAAAAAGUGGAAAAAUUAAUUAAAGUGGUAACAAAAUUGGAAAUGGCAAACCAUUCAUUAAGCCAAAAUGUGUUCUACAUUAAAUGUUCAAUGUAUUUCAUACUACUAGUUUGUGUAUUUACAUUAGGUUUUUUCUGGGCAAUUUUUUAUCAUAAAUAAACUAAGAUAAUUGUUAUACAAUAUUAUUAUGUUGAGUUUUUUUAGCUACUAUUAAUCUUUAAUGUUCUAAAUUGUGAUUUUAAUUAUUAGUGUCAUAAUUUUUAUGUUAAAUUAAAAGACUGAUUAUUUAAGUAAGUCAUUCUUUUUAAAUUGUUAUUUAUAUUAGUUUAUACCUAAACUAAAAACAAAAUUAGUUAUCAAUAAA